AUGUCCGAGCUUGUUCGCACUUUACCUGCCUCCUGGUAUUGCAGUCAGCCACUGUAUCAGAUGGAGCGGCGGGCGGUUUUUCUCAAAUCCUGGUACUUGCUCGGCCCAGUCACCAGAUUCCAGGUUGUGGGCGAGCAUGUCCCAUACGAGAUUGCGCAGCAGCCCAUCUCUGGUGUUCGUACUUCAGGGGAGACUCUCAACCCCGUCGAUGAGGAGCUGAAGGUUGUCUGCGCGAAAACGGGCAAAGAACUGCGCAGUCAUCUCACCCCCACUGGACUCCUCUUCUCAACUAUCUCCGACGAUGCUCCUAGUUUCCAUGAAUUCUUCCCAGAGCUCGAGGAGCUGCUCGGUAAAGUCGACUUCACUAAACUACCGCACCGUCGGAGCAUCAACUAUGAAGGCCGGUUUAACUGGAAGACCAUGGUCGACGGAUAUCAAGAGUGUCUACACUGCCAAUACACUCACCCCUCUUUCUCCAAAUACUAUCCGCCGACCUUCUACACCGUGCGGAACAAGCACAAUUUCUCGCAGCAUAUUGCAGACCCGAACAAGUCAGAUGAUGGCCUUUUCCUGUACUUCUUUCCCAACUGCACGCUGAAUGUCUAUGGCGGUGGAAUGUCCUGCUUCAGGGUAUGUCCGACCGCUGACCCGCAGGUCACCCGGAUGGAAUUCGAUUACUUCCAUCUUGAAUCUGGAGACAAGUUCGAAGAAUACUUCAAAUUCGUGCGCCAAGGGGUUUAUCACGAGGGAAUUCUGAACCCAAACAAGGAGAAUGGCGUGUCUUACUACCAGAGACGGGUGUUUGAUAUGGUCUGCGAGCAGCAUGAGUUUGACAGGACUGCCAAGGCAGCGAAAGAUUCGGGACUGGAGGAGCAUGUUGCGUCGUCGAUGGUUCAAAUGGCAGCGUAG